GCGUCAUCUCCAACACCCCGCCAAAGCUGCCUGAAGCAAUGCACGCGGUCCUGCGACACUGAAAACCACCUUCAACGCCCCAAACCUACAUCGAAUUUGACGGCUCUACCCAGUUUCUCCUAUUAUACAGGCAGGCAUCAUGGCUCAAGAUCCUCGUGCCCUCCUCCAAAAGGCAGACAAGGCUAUACAAAGCGCGUCCGGAGGCUUUGGCUUCUUCGGCGGCCGGGAGGACAAGUACCAAAAUGCCGCCGACCUUUACAUGCAGGCGGCGAACGCCUUCAAGAUGGCCCAGCAAAACAGGGAAGCCGGCCAGGCGUUCGAGAAAGCCGCCCAGAUCCAGACCAGCAAGCUGAACGAGGCCGAUGACGCGGCGAACACACUCGUGGAUGCCUUCAAGGUCUAUAAGAAAGAGUACCCCGAAGAUGCCAUCCGAUGUGUAGAGAUCGCCAUCACCCAGUACUGCAAGAAGGGCAACUUCCGGAGGGCGGCUUCGCAUAAGGAGAGCUUGGGCGAGGUCUUCGAGACCCAGAUCAAUGACAUGAAGCGAGCUAUAGAAAACUACGAGACUGCGGCGGGGUGGUAUGAAGCCGACAAUGCUCCUGCUCUAGCAAACAAACUCUUCCUCAAGGUGGCAGACAUCGCUGCGCUCGAGGCUGAUUACUACAAGGCGAUCGAGCAGUACGAGAAGGUGGCCCAGCAAUCCAUCAACAACAACUUGAUGAAGUACUCGGUCAAGGACUACUUCCUGAAGGCAGGUGUGUGUCACAUGGCCACCAAGGACCUGGUCGCCACGCAACGAGCCCUCGAAAAGUACCGCGAGUUGGAUCCGACUUUCGCAAGCCAGCGGGAGCAUCAACUCCUGGUGGACCUGUCCCAAGCCCUCGAGGCGGGCGAUCAGGAAAUGUUCACGGACAAACUCUUUGCGUAUGACCAGAUGAGCAGGUUGGACAAGUGGAAGACAGCCAUUCUUUUGCGAGUCAAGAACCAGAUUGAGGAGGCCGACAACGAGUUCUCUUAAGUUGAUGGAUAGAUAUAUCAUGGCUGAGGUGGCGGGAACGGGAGGCAGUUCCCAGUUAUCAGGCGUUCGGGCAUUCAGAGACUGGCCAGAGUUGUCAGCAUACAUGCGCCCCUCUAUAGUGGUAUUGCGAAUGAUGCCCUUUAAGUAUCAACAGCAUGCGCCAUCUCUUGUGCUUCGCAUCUACAGAAGG